GCGCGCACGCACGCGUGUGUCUGAGGGGUUGUUGAGGAACUGCAGCUGAAUUGGAGACAGAAAGCGACGACUCCACAGCUCGACAGGCUGCUCCUCUGAGCUUAACACGAUGCGAAGUUUGUUCUCAGUGACGCUGCUGCUGCUCCUGGCUCUCACGCUCGCCGUCGAGGCCAACAAACGAGCCAAACAUCACAAAGGUGCGAAAUCUGAUAAAUCCCGACCGGCCUCUGAAUGCACCGCGGCAGAGACCCAGUACGGGAAAUGUGUGCCGGAUCACGGAGACUGUGGAGACGGACUGAGGGAGGCGACGUGCAAAGAUCGCACCGACAAGAUCCACUGCAGGAUCCCCUGCAACUGGAAGAAGGACAUCAGCGACUGUAAGUACAAGUUCGGAGCGUGGAGUUCCUGCGACGCCGGGACCAACACCAAGAGCCGAUCAGGAACGCUGAAGAGGGCUCUGUUCAACGCCGACUGCCAGAGCACCGUCAAGGUGUCCAAGCCCUGCUCCCACAAACCCAAGAAGACCAGAGGGGAGAAGAAAUCAAACUGAAGAAGGGAGAGUGAACCAGAAGACGACAGGAUUUCUCCUCCUCUGCCAGCUGAACAAUCGUCUUCCGUUCUUCACAUUUAAAACCAGAGACUCCAAAACAGACUUCCUGUCCUCAAACUGACCCGUCCGACUCGCUGAUUCCUGCUCUGAUUCGAUGUUCUCCUGUUUUCCUUGGAUUUAAGCUGUAGCUGAUCAGAAUAACCUUCGUUCGGUAGCCGGUAGUUUAAUGCUCCCUCCCUGUAGUUUUAAAAGUUUUUAGGGGAAAAGUUGAUCCUGCAGAUCAUCCACAGUUUGAUGCUUCAACAUCUGAACUGAGGGAAAGUUUAUUUUUGGAAUUACAAAUUAUUGAUGAGACUUGUACAAAUGAACAAAUAAAUGCUGUACAUUGUUUUGGUGAAAA